AUGACCUACCGUGACACUUCACGUAACGCAGUCUUGAUCAACAGUGGUCGUACCCUUCGUGCUGAGUGCAUGAAGCUUGACGGUAGCUGGGUUACCUCUGAAAUCGAUCUCGAUACUUGUAUUGGUAACCUAAAUGGAUUCCUAGCAUGGGACAUGCAGAACUUCAGCCAUACCGCUGAAGAUAUUCGCCUCGAGGAAGAUGGACGCAAACUCACCUGCAUGGUUAGGAAGGGAGAUGGUGGACAUCGCGAAAGACAGGGUAUCGACCUGACCAAGAUUCACAAUUCCGACGGCAUGCUUUGCUACCGUUACAGCUAA